CCGAACAAACAACUGCGUUCACCGUCGCUCAUGGCGUCGAUCUCGAUAUGGCUUUGACUUCGUGGAAAACAUUCGACUUCUUCGAUGUCUCGCAGGUGAAGCUCACCGAGGAGAGCUCCUCGAUCAUCAAUAGCGACAUCUCUGCUCUCUGUACCGGAUCCGCGAAUCUCUUCCUCGGCUCGACGGAUGGAGUCGUCCAUAUCCUCUCCGCGGCGUUCAAGCUCGUGCGCUCGUUCAAGGCCUUCGACACCGGCGCCAUCACGCACAUGAGACAGAUCAAAGAGACGUCUUUACUGAUCACCAUUGCAGAGGAUCUGUCGAACGAGCCCGUGUUGAAGGUUUGGGCCUUGGAUAUCACGGAGAAGAAGACCGGGGCGCCGAGGUGUUUGUCGACGGUGUCGGUGCAGAAUGCGCGCAGGCAAUUCCCGAUAUCUACGGUUGCCGCCCUAGAUGACCUGUCGCAAGUUGCUGUCGGUUUCGCCAACGGGUCGGUGACUAUUAUCCGCGGUGACUUGAUUCACGAUCGUGGCGCUCGUCAGCGGAUCGUGUUUGAAUCGGAGGAGCCGAUCACCGGUCUCGAGACGCAGACAGGGGCUGUUACCACCCUCUUUAUCUCGACAACUAGCCGCAUCCUGACUCUCGUGAUUGCGGGGCGAGGGCAGGGCCAGCCUGCUCGGGUCCUCGAGGACACCGGAUGUGCUCUGGGGUGCAUGACGCUUGAUCCGGAGACGGGCGAUGUCUUGAUUGCUCGGGAAGAUGCGAUAUAUAUCUUCGGGACCCGCGGUCGCGGCCCUAGCUAUGCUUUCGACAGCCCCAAGGCUUCGGUCAAGAUGUUUAGGGACUACGUUGCGCUGGUUUGCCCGCCAAAAGUAGGGUCGUCGAAAUCCGACCCCCUCCGACGGUUUGGUGUCUCUCAACCUGAAGACAUCUUCAACACGCCCACCUUCACAUUGCUCGAUACUGACCUCAAGUUCAUCGCGCACACCCAAUCUCUCAUCUCGCCAGUCAAGUACACCUUCAUGGAAUGGGGUGAAUUUUUCAUCCUCACCACUGAUAACAAAAUCUAUCGUUACCGUGAGAAGAAUCUGCAACAGAAGCUCGAGAUGCUGUACCAACGAAACCUGUAUAUACUUGCAAUCAACCUGGCACAGAAGACGGGUCUCGAUAUCCUACAGCAGAACGCAAUCUACCGCAAGUAUGGCGACUACCUUUACCAAAAGGGCGAUUACGAUACCGCAAUGCAGCAAUAUCUGCGGGCAAUCGAUAACACAGAACCCUCUCAGGUCAUUCGAAAAUACCUUGAUACCCAGCGGAUACAUAAUCUCAUCGAAUAUCUCGAAGAGUUGCACGACCACGACCGGGCGACGGUUGACCACACGACACUCCUGUUGAAUUGCUACGCGAAGCUAAAAGAUACAAGCAAGCUAGAUUCCUUCAUCAAAGCUCCUGGAGAGUUGAAGUUCGAUCUUGAGACCGCUAUCGCGAUGUGUCGACAGGGCGGUUACUUCGAGCAAGCCGCUUACCUGGCUACUAAGUACGGCGAGAAUGACAUGGUGGUGGACAUUCUCAUCGAGGAUUCGCAGAAGUAUGCCGAGGCGGUCGAGUACAUUUGGCGGUUAGAUCCUGAGAUUGCCUACCAUAAUUUGAUGAAAUACGCCCGCGUUCUUCUUGCUCAUUGCCCGGAAGAAACCACACAUUUGUUCAUCGACUAUUACACUGGUCAAUAUCAACCCAAGACGCAAGUGGUAGAAGAUCCUGAAGAGCCCCAGGUCGAGACUGCAGGGGGCGGCGCAAUGCAGAGUCUGGCUGCGCUGAUCCCUCUCCCUCUUAUGAACUCUGGCUUAGGAGGGAAAAUCACGUCGACGGAAGCCGCAAACCCAGCCAAGGAGGAGCCCGAAGAAGUGCUGGCUCCAGAUUACCAGACACCGAAACCGCGUACAGCCUUCUCAGCAUUUGUGGACAAUCCGCAGGAAUUCAUCACAUUUCUUGAGGCUUUGAUAAAACAGAAAGAUCUCAGAGAAGGAGACCGAGUUGAUCUGUUUACAACCCUGUUCGAGAUGUAUCUUGACACUGCAAAUCGGAAGCGGGAUGGGACGGAGAAGAAGGAGUGGGAGACGAAAGCAAAGAAGCUCAUUGAAGGCAAAGAUAUACCAAUAUCAACGUCCAACGUCCUUCUCCUCUCCGACCUCUCCAAUUUCCGGGAAGGAUCAACGCUUGUCCGCGAGCAAGAAGGCCUCCGUUCAGAUAUUUUCCGAUCAUUUACGGCAGCAAAGGAUACCCAGGGGGCGAUCAAGGCGUUGAAGAAGUACGGACCGGAGGAACCCCAGCUGUACAUUGACGCCCUGACCUAUUUUGCGUCGAGCCCGAAGAUUCUCGAAGAAGCAGGCGACGAGCUGGAUGCUGUCCUGCGCAAGAUUGACGAGGAUGGCCUCAUGUCACCGCUUCAAGUCAUCCAAGCCUUGAGUAACAAUGCGGUGGUCACUAUGGGUCGGGUGAAGAAGUACCUCAGUGACAAUAUCGAGAGAGAACGCAAAGAAAUAUCUACUAAUCGACGUUUAAUAUCCAGCUAUAGUGCCGAAACGGAGAACAAGAAGAAGGAAAUCGAGCAACUGGGAAGCAAGCCGGUCGUCUUCCAAGCCCGCCGGUGCAUGUCCUGCGGCGGCACCCUGGACCUGCCCACGGUCCAUUUCCUCUGCAAACACUCCUUCCACCAGCGGUGUCUGAACAAGGUUGACGAGGACGUCGAGUGCCCCGUCUGCGCGCCCCAGAACGCCACCAUCAAGGCCAUCCGCCGGCGACAGGUCGAAUCUGCAGACCAGCACGACCUCUUCAAGGCGGAGCUGCAACGGUCUAAGGAUCGGUUCGGCGUCGUCAGCGAGUUCUUUGGCAGGGGCGUAAUGCGGCCGCAGAGCACUAUGGAGUGAUAUCUUGAUUAAUAUAUGCAUUCUUAAUACAAACCAUCCCUGUAGAAAAUAAAUAGCAUCAAGUUCUUCC